AUGUUACAUUCAUCUACAAAGUCAAACACUAACAACACUAAUAAUAAUAACAAUACCCUUAAUCCUAUAAUUGAUAGAUAUCUUUCCACUCCUUUAACAUUUAAACAAUCAAAGAAUCAAGACACGACCAAUUUUACAUCAUCAUCAUCUCAUAUUCCAUCUUCUUAUAUAGUCUUAUCUAAAGCAUCACCAACACCUCAACCACAACUGUCUAAUUCAAUGUCAUCGUCUGCAUAUACCCAUACAAAAUCAUCUAAUCUAAACUCCAUCUCCUCAUCUCCUACAAAUCCAAAAUCAUUAUCGGAGGCUCUUGCGGCGUAUACCGGAAAAAAAUUUCUUACUAAACAAGAAAAGAGACAAAAACGUAAACUAGAUCAACUUAAACAACAACAAGAAAAUAAACAAGAACAAGAAGAAGAGGAUCAAGGUAUAGAUAUAGACAGUGAACAACAGUCAACACCACAACCACAAGAAGAAGUUCAAGAACCACCGAAAAAGAAAGGAAGUAGUACUACUUCACGAAUGUUUAGUAAUUUAAUUUCACUUUUACCAUUUAGAAGUAUUAAUAAUUCUACUCCUCCUUCACAAGCCACAACUACUGAUGAAGAUUUGGGUGAAGAUAUAGAGAAUGAGUAUUCUCCAUUUACUGGAUUCAGUGAUCCUGAGAAAGAGACUGAAGUAGAAGAAGAACAAGAAAAGACUCAGCCACAAGUACCACUGAUCGUGGAGGAGUCCAGCACUGAUGCUAAUAAAGAAGAAGAGGAUGACGAGGAAGAAGAAGAAGAAGAAGAAGAUGCAGAUUAUAAAGACGAAACUCCAAUUUCCGAAUCUUCAACAUCCACUGCCUCACCAAGUUCUUCAGAAGAUGCCAUUGAUGAAGAUGAAGAUAUGGAUAAAUUGAAACAUGACUUGAGAGUUGAUCAACUAGUUAACGCAGGUGACGACAACGAAGACGACGAAGAAGACGAUGAAGAUGAAGAAGAUGACGAAGACGAUGAUGGAUUGGAUAAUAUUCAAGCCCCAACUAGAACAAGUGCAGUAAGUACCCCACCCACAUCUCCAGAAGAAGAACCUGAAGAUGAUGAUAUGAAACCACAAGUUCCAGAACAACAACCAGAAUAUCACUUUCUUGAAAUAAAUGAAGAUCCAAAUGAUCGAGGUUCGAAUAAUUCCACACGAAUUUAUAAAAAUUGGCGUGAAUUAACCAAUAAAAAACCAGUAGGACUUUUGAAUCAUGGUGUUACAUGUUAUAUGAACUCUGCUAUUCAAUCAUUAGUCCACAUACCAGCCAUGCAACAUUAUCUUAAUGAUAUCAAUAAGGGGAAAUACAACAAGGUUUUAAAACCUCGUUCAAUAAGUCAUGUUUUGGCAGAUUUAUCUAAAAAGAUGUGGGGAUUGGAUAAGCCGAUGAAAUUCGUUAAUCCGAAGAAAAUCAUAUCGAGAUUGGAUGAUAUUAAUUGUAUGAUGAGUGAAUGGCAACAAGAAGAUUCUCAUGAAUAUUAUAUGUCAUUGAUAUCUCGAUUACAAGAAGAUUCUACUCCUAAGGGGCAUAAAUUAAAUGAAUCUAUAAUUUAUGAUAUUUUUGGAGGGUUAUUGCAUCAAAGAAUUACAUGUAUGAAAUGUCAUAAUAUAUCUGAAACAAAACAAGAAUUUUAUGAUUUAUCAUUAGGUUUGAAUAAGAAGAAAUUAAAACAACCGCAAUCACAAGAUGGAUCAUCACAAUCACAGGAGAAUUCACAACAACAACAGCCACAACAAUCACAAGCACCAACUCCAACUAAUAAAUUUUCAAUUGAAAAAUCAAUUCGUGAUUUCUUCAGCAAUGAAACCAUCAAACUCGACCCAAAAAUAAAGAAUUCCGGCUAUUAUUGUGAAAAAUGUCAAUCCCACACCUCCGCCAAUAAAAUCUCCCUCAUAAAUAGAUCUCCAGAAACAUUAACCAUCCACCUCAAGCGAUUCAAAUUCAAUGGCAAUUCAUCAUCAAAAGUAAAACAAUCAAUCAAUUAUAAUAAAUAUCUCGAUAUUUCUCAAUAUUGUGAACCAGGGGCCGAACCGGCAAGAUAUAAAUUAGUUUCCGUGAUUGUUCAUGAAGGUAGAUCAAUCAGUUCGGGACAUUAUGUCGCUCAUUGUCUUCAACCGGAUGGAUAUAGUUGGUAUACUUAUGAUGAUGAAUAUAUUAAUAAAUUGGAUGAGAGGAAGGCGUUGACUGAUCCGUCGGCGUAUGUGUUGGUAUAUACGAAGUUGACUCCUACUUUGGUGAAUAAGAAGAAUAAUAAGAGAGGGUUGGAACAAGAACUGGUAGAAGAAGAUAACAAAAAGGGAAGGGGGUAUAAGAGAAGAAAGAGGGUGUAA